AUGGAGCCGUUCUUGGGCACCUGGAGGCUGGUGGACACCCAGAAUUUCGACAAUUAUAUGAGGGAACUGGGGGUGGACUUUGCAACCCGACAGGUGGGCAAUGUCACUAAACCCACCACAAUCAUCAGAUUAGACGGUGACAAUGUUAUUCUACAAACCAAGAGCACCUACAGAAACACAGAAGUUAUCUUCCAACUUGAUAAACCAUUCAAUGAACAUACCAUCGACAAUAGAAAUUGCAAGACAGUUGUGUCAUUGGAAGGUGAAAAAUUGGUUCAACUUCAGAAGUGGGAUGGGAAACAAACAAUACUUACCCGAGAAAUCAAGGAUGAGAAACUCAUAUUGACUCUUACCUUAAAUGAUGUGGUUUCUGUUCACACAUACGAGAGGGAAACUAUAUGA